AUGUUUGCAACGAUGCUGGAGAUAUUUCCAAUUCUAGCCAUCCUUGCAGGCCACGUCAGCGGUGUUGUGGUGACCAUCCCUGAGAAGAUGGUGAAUGUCACUACAGGUGGAAAUGCAACCCUCCUCUGUACAUACACGAGUUCUGGACCGCUGGGAAAAUUCUUUAUUCAGUGGAGCUUUUACAGUGCCAAAGAGAGCCAACUGUAUACCCAUUCCCCGUGUCACGGUAUUCUGAGUAUGGAUGAAAAGUCAGUCAGUCAUUGUCAAAAGAUGGUGUAUGUGACAGAUGCACGGGGAAGAUGUAGCUGGAGACACAAGAUCUAUUAUUAUUCAGGAGGCCAGUCUUACUCCUAUGGAGAGUUUAAGAACAGGAUAACAGCUGCAACAGGUCCAGGGAAUGCAUCAAUAACAAUCUCCAACAUGCAGCCCUCAGACACUGGUUCCUACACCUGCGAAGUUUUCAGCCCACAGGGUGACGCUGGACAGAGUCAAAAAUCUGUGAUUGUCAGUGUGCUGGUCAAACCAUCAAAACCUUUCUGCAAAAUAGAAGGAACGCCUGAACGAGGCCAUCUAGUCUACCUCUUAUGCAAAUGUGAAGAAGGAUUGCCUCACCCUACCUACCACUGGUACAAAGUAGAUGACAAUACCCUCAAGCCUGUGACUGAACAACUUAAUCCAAACACCGGCAUUCUUUACAUUGGCAAUCUCACCGAAUUUGAAACUGGGUAUUACCGGUGCAUAGCCAGCAACGUCCUGGGAAACAGUACCUGUGAGCUUGACCUAACUGCACACCAUUCAGACAGUGGUAUUGUUGCUGGUGCAUUAAUUGGAGCAAUUCUGGCAGCUGCUAUCAUUUGCAUUAUCGUCUGGGUCUUAACCAAGAAGGCUAAGAGUAAGAAGUCAUCAAGUAAUGAGAUGCAAGAAAUGGCUCAGAAACAAUCCAAUGCAGAGUAUGUUCAGGUACCGAAUGAAGAAAGCAUUCCUGCGACCACAGUUCCAUCAAGCAAUGCGACAAAUGAAUACCCUAGUGUUGAUGAAACGGCAGCCUCUGUGACACCUGAAAAUCAUGAGAAGCAAGAAGCGGAAGAAGAAGAAAUAGCUUAG